CUUUGUGAACGUGUUUAAAAUCUGUAGUUGUUAAAUUUGUGCAGUGUUUUUCUUGAUUUUACAACUGCUGCAUAUAGCAAAUUUCGGAACAUGACAAGAAUACAUUCGACGUACUUGUUUUGCUUGCUACUUUAUUUAAAAGUAUCAACAAUAAAAUGUGAUGAUCCCACAACGAUGGCACCAACAGAGCCGAUACCUUCAACUGUUCCAUCACAAUCUACAGCAACACCCAUAUCUACAACGACACCAACUUCUAUAACACAAACAACAACGACAUCGAUAUCUUCAACGACACCAACUUCAAUUACAUCACAAACUCCAACAACACAAACAUCUGCAUCGGCAUCUACAACGACACAAGUUUCUUCAACGACAACGACAUCGACUUCUACAACAUCUACAACGUCACAAGCCCCCACAACGACAACAACUGCUACCACACCAACAACAACGACAACAAUUCCAACGACAGAAUCGACAGUUAUUAAUCUAGUGCGCUCAUUUACUUGGACAGAUUGCCAAGGCGCUAACCCGGAAAUUUUUAAUGUAACUCCAGGGUAUUUUAUAUCGGCGACGGUGUCAGAUGUCAGCAUUUCAAAUGGCAAUUAUCUCCUAAUAGAAGGAGGAAAUUCCCGCAUUGAUGGUGCAACUGAUGGGCGAGUCUUUGCUAAUACAGUCAAAGGACCUAUUUCGUAUUUGUUUAAGACACAUAUGGUUUAUGCAUAUUGCGAGAAUACAAGGCAAGAUGAUGAAAAUCCUGAUGAUCCUCCGUGGGCGAACUUUACUAUCAAAUUUCAAAGAGUAGGUGAAGGAACAUCUACAGUCCCCACAACUGUUAGUACAACCACUCUGACUGUCCCAACGACGCAAAAGGAUGAUUCAAUUUUUAUAACAGUAAAUAUGACAGGAAGAAAUUAUUUAGAAUAUAAUAACGCUUCAGUUAAGCAAGCUUUUCAAGAAUGUGUGGCUAGCAUAAGUUUCGAGUAUUGCAGAAUUAAUAACAUUGAGUUAUCUCCCAACAUAACAUCCGAAUACGUCAUGAUAUCCAAGAUAACACAAUGUCCUUACAACUGGCCAGAAAGCACAACCUGUACCCAAAUAACAUUUAAAGUACCCAUUUUCUAUGACAGUUCAAACUGGGAUGGCUAUCAGUUAAAUACAGAGCAUUUAGAAAAAAUAUGGUAUCAGAAAGAUCAACUGGACAUUCACGGCUGUUUCGUAAACAAUUCUUUUGAAGAUUAUGAUGAGCCAGAAUUUGAACUCGCCAUCACAUGGUGGGCUAUUGGUAUUAGUUUAGUGAUUGUAGCGUUCGUGGCUCUUUUGUGGUUUAUGAGAUUAUUUUCUUCGCGUGUCAAAACUGCACUUAAAAAACGACAAAAUCAACGAAGAAAUAGCGACACCGUAUCUAUUAUGUCAAGGAAGACGAAUAGUGUGUCCUCUCUCACCCCACACUAUUUACAAGAUCAUCAGGAUAUCAGUACACCAAAAAUUUUUGAUAUUUAAAGUUUUUCGUUUUGAGGUUAUUCAUUAUGAUAUUAUAUUAUUAAAUAUUUUGCUAUACCUACAUCUGUACUAAUUUAUUUAUUACAUAUUUUUAAAAAAUAAAAUUUGUUUUAUCCACACUUAAAAA